AUGCCACCCCGAAAGAAAAGAACUGUCACCAGUCAAAAAAGUCAAUCAAAAAAGGGCACCGAAGAUGUUGAGUCUCAAGUAAUAGUGGAGGAGAUUGAAUUUCCAAAGCUUACUUGCAAAGAAAAAAGAGCCAAGCAAACACAAGAUGACGAACCCGGUUUAAAUCUUAGAAUAACACUUGAAGAGGCAAGCAAACUUCUGGAAGAAAUUAAAGCGAAACAUCGGGAAACUGAAUCAGCGAGCAACCGUGAAAAUGAGAAACGUGAUCAAAUAUUUAAGGAAUAUCAAGCUAAUGCCGAAAAACGAGUUCAAAGUUACGAAACGAUGUUGGCUCACUUGAAGGUUCAGCUUAACCGCGAGAAAGAAAAGUGCAGUAAAUAUUCUAAAGAAGGGAACACGAUGAAUGGCGGCGAUGGUGAAUCAGAAGCAAUGAAACUAAGAGAAGAGGUGCGUAUUCUCCAAAAAGAGAGAGAAAAAUCUGUGUUAGAAAUGACACAAUUACGUGGUCAAGUUAAGGCACUUGAGGCACAACUGAAGCAAGGAACUCUACUAAACGAAAAUUCAAAGAACACGGAUGGACAGGAGAUCGCGAACUUUAAAAAACAAAUAAGGAAGCUUGAACUUGAACUCAAUCAAGAGCGCGAAAAUAGCAAAAAACUUAAAGCCAGAUCCGGCAAGAUUUCUAAUGGACAAUUAGAUAUUAAGCAAAUGGAAAUGCAGGCGCAAAUAAAUUUAUAUCAAGAGAUGUCGAAUCUUCUUAUUCAAAACGUAAAGUUGGUUUCACAAAACGAAAGUAGUUUUACGUGCAUUCACAGCGGGAGAAACGGGUCUCUGGUAUUUAAACUUUCUAUAAAGGAUGACGACUAUAUUUAUGAGCCUUCUAUCGAUCCUGAGAGAGACGCCUGCCUGAUAAACAUUUUGCCAGAUUAUCUAAGUGAAGAGAUAAUUUUCAAAAAAGAAAAAUUAGAUCUUUUCUUCUGGAGGCUGCUGCAUUUCCUUCAUGACGAGAUUGAAGAUAACAGUAACGACGUAAAUAUGGUUGAUGCCGAGCAAUAG